AUGGUGCACGACAUUAGCAAUGCACCAAAGGGUUACAAAUCUCUCUCCUAUGAAAAGGCAAGAACUUCCGGGCUUGAUGAAUGCAAGAGUCUCGUAGAGAAGGAAAUGGCUCUAGUUAAAGAUACAUGGUAUACACAUGGAGUAUCUAUUGUUUCGUAUGGCUUGGCUAACUGUAAACAAGAUCAUUUGAUCAAUGUAAUUGCAACGAAUUUUUGCGGUGCCAUGUUUAUGUAUUCUGGGGUCUUUAAUGGGGUCGAGAAAACAGGGAAACUUAUUGCUGGUUUUUUGCUCAAUGCUAUAGAAGAAAUCGGUCCCUCCAAUGUUCUAUCAGUGGUGACAACCAAUGCAAAAAAUUGUAUCGCUGCCGGAAGAGAAAUUGAAAAGGUACAUAAACAUAUCUUUUGGUCUCCUUGCGUAUGUCACACAUUGAACUUAGUCUUUAAAGAUUUUGUUGAAUCUUUGCAUUGGAUAAACGACACUUACAAGUGUGGGAAACAAAUAGUUAAGUUUUUCAGAGGCCACAACUACAUGUUAGCAUUAUUUAAGGAAAAUUCAACUAGGAUUCUGUUGAAAGUAGCAAAAACCAGAUUUGGCUCACAUUACAUAGUGCUAAAGAGGUUGCUUCAAUGUAGAGAGUCUCUUGCAACAAUUGUUGUUCUAAGGGCUUAUAAGGAUUGGCUCAUGAAACAAGAUGGAGCAACAAAAACAAUGGGGGGAUUGGAUGUUCAAAAUAUUAAUGAUGAUGAUUUUUGGGAUGAAGUCCAGGAGGUAGUAAGAAUCAUGAAACCAGUUUACAAGUUAAUGAAAUUUUGUGAUGGUGAUGGAUCUAUGAUGGGAGAAAUUUAUGAAAGAAUGGAUAACAUGCUCGGUCAAUUAAAAGAUAUCAUGAGCACUAGCAAAUACAAAACUGAUUUUCCUAAGGAAACAAUUGCAUGUGGUGACAAGGUGGGAUAA